UUGACAUGGUCCUGAGGCUGCUUGAUUAUCUCUCUCUACCUCAUUAAUACAUUUUCUCUCCUUCUCUCAACACAAAUCAAACUACAAAGACAAAUUGUUCAUGAACCAAACAAAUCAUGUACCAUCUUCCCACUUUUUGUCUGAUCAUAUUCUUCAUCUUCUCCUUAAUUCACCCUCUUCCUUGUGCUUCAAGUAAUCAACGACUUGGCUGGUGUGAGACUCCGUUUCAGUGUGGUAACAUCACCGUUGGGUUCCCCUUCUCGGGAGGGAACCGUCGCAAAGAUUGCGGUCACCCAUUGUUGCAGCUUCACUGCAACAAAAACAACAUCACCUCUCUAUUCAUAUCAAACCAAAAAUACUCUGUUCUUCAUUUAGAUCAGACAUCUAAUACUCUUACACUUGCUAAACAAGACCUUCUAGGUUCUUUUUGCUCCUCUGUAUUCACCAACACAACCUUACCUCCCGAAACUUUCGAGCUUUCACCGACCUACAAGACCAUCACCGUAUUCUACCAAUGUUCCUCUUUGCCUCCUAGCCUUUCUAGCUACACAUGUCCUGAUAUAGGUCCGAUCUCAGUGUCUGAAAACCCUGGUAUAAAACCUGAGAACUGCCGUUCCAGUUUCACCUUGAAGGUUCCUACAAGUUUCGUUACAAAAGAGAAAGAUUUGAAUGUGACCAAUUUGGAAAGUGUUUUAAGAAAAGGGUUUGAAGUGAAGGUAGUGAUCAAUGAGAAUGCUUGUCAACAAUGUUUAUCCUCUCAUGGUAAAUGUCAUGGCUUCAACGAAAUCUUAACACCAGGAGUUAAAUGUCAUCCACCAAAAGACGCUGAGGGUACUUGUGGAUAUAAUCAAACCUCACGUGCGUUCCUCUGCUAUUGUAAAGACCCCUAUAGCCUAUCAUGCGGUUCGAAUAAGAACGUAUUUGUUCGUUGGAUACUAGUGGGUGUGUCGAUCUUGAGUCUCAUAGGUAUUUUUGUUACCCUGGUGUACCGCUUCAGGAGACGAAUAUUCUAGCAUCACUAAUAUGAUGUCGAAAAAUUAAACGACCUCAUUUUGAAUCACUUAAUAAAAAGUGAUGUUAAAUAUGUGGUUUAGAGCUUCUCCAGCGACGUUGAUGAUUGCUCAAAAAAAAAUUAUUAAAAUUUUUUAUUUUUUAUUUUUUUCAAUAAACUCAAAAUUUUUUUAUGUGGUUUAGACCUGUCACUUUUUUGUCUUAGAAACGAAAUGUAUCUUCUCUUUUCCUCUUCUCUCUUCA